GACUUACAAAGUGAACAAAAACAGUAAUGGAAGAAAGAAACUGAUGGGCACACCCACACACACACUAUAAAGUAUAAACUAUGAACAAAACCAGCCAAACUAUACUUGCUUACUUACAAUAUUAAUAACAAUAACAAUAAUAAUAUUUUCUGCUACUGAACAUCCUUGCAGGCAGUGUCUCUGUUCCGUAUCUGUCUCUCUACUCAACAUUUUCUUACAGAGAGAGAGAGAAAGAGAGGCAUUCUUUCUUUCUUUUUAUAGUAGUUUUAAGUCACUGACUGUGGUGUCUGAAAGCUAGUCUUGUAGGGAGGGAUAUUCUUCAUCCACCUGUAGAAGCUACCACUUGCCUUCCCCUCUCUCAUUCUGCUUCUCUUGUCUCCUUCUGGGUUGUUCUCUCUCUGUCUCUGUGCUUGUGUGAUUUAGCAGUGCAUGAAAUUCUCUGCCUGAAAAUGGGUGAAGAAUCCUUAACUACAGUCCCCUUUGACAGAACUGUUGAACAGGCAAUUCUGGCUAUGAAGAAGGGUGCUCAACUACUGAAAUGUGGAAGAAGAGGAAAGCCCAAGUUCUGUCCAUUUAGGCUUUCAACGGAUGAGAAGUACUUGAUUUGGUAUUCCGGACAGGAGGAGAAACAAUUGAGACUGAGCUUAGUUACGACGAUUGUUCCUGGACAAAGGACUAGGCAACUUCAACCAGAUAAAGAGAAUCAAUCAUUUUCACUUAUAUAUACAAAUGGUGACCACUCGAGCUCACUUGAUUUGAUAUGCAAGGACAAUGCGCAGGCUGAUUCUUGGUUUAUAGGCUUAAGGGCUGUGAUAUCCAAGUGUCACCAUUCUAGGCCUUUUUGUGCCCUGAAGAACCACAGAGUAGCACAAAGCUGUGUAAAUAGUCCAGCUGGCUUUAUCAGAAGAAAACAUAAUCUAGGAAUUCUGGAGGAUGACACCGAAUUGUCGCAGGUGCAUAGCUUACAUGGAAGUCCUAUGCAGUCGAUUUCAGACAGGGGUUUUUCCGAUGGAUUGUCUCUUUCUUCUGAUAGCCUUUGUUUCUCGGAAGCGAGUCUUCCACUAUUACAAACUGUGGAGGAUUUCUUAAUUCCACAUACUCCAAAUGCUGAACAACAAAAUAUCAAGAAAAAUGGAUCUGAUAAUGGGUUUGCAGAGUUCCAAAAGAAUAUGUGUCGUAGAAUUAUUGGUUCGAAUCAUAGGUCUCAUCGAACAGAGAAAAAUGAUGUCCUAAAGGAUGUUUUAAUCUGGGGAGAAGGAGCAGGAGGAGGAAAUAUAGGGUGUGUGGGCAACCAGUUUGGUUACCACAGUACAUUGCAAAUGGAUUCUUUAUUGCCAAAAUUGCUGGAACCCACCGUGAUGUUAGAUGUAAGAAAUAUAUCUUUAGGAAGGAACCAUGCUGCCUUAAUCACCAAACGAGGGGAAGUUUUCUGCUGGGGCGAGGGGAGUCGAGGAAAGCUUGGGCAUAAAGUUGACAUGGAUGUGAGCUCUCCAACAAUUGUUGAAUCCUUAGAUGGUUUCCUUGUGAAAUUUGUUGCUUGUGGUGAAUAUCAAACUUGUGCUCUGACAGAUUCUGGUGAACUGUUUGUCUGGGGUGAGAACAAAUAUGGAGGUAAUUUGGUGUGCGAGGAGAGAACUGGAAGCCAGUGGUUACCACGUCAAAUUUCAGGUCCCUUGGCUGGUGUCAGUAUAUCAAAUGUUGCUUGUGGGGACUGGCAUACAGCAGCUGUGUCCUCAUCGGGGCAGUUAUUUACAUAUGGGGAUGGAACUUUUGGGGUUCUCGGUCAUGGGAAUCUUCAAAGUGUUUUUCAUCCCAAAGAAGUUGAAUCUCUUAAAGGUUUGUGGGUAAAAUCUGUUGCAUGUGGAUCAUGGCACACUGCUGCUAUUGUGGACGUCAUUUUUGACCGGUUCAAGUUUAAUGGUGUUGGCGGGAAAUUAUUUACAUGGGGAGAUGGUGAUAAAGGGAGGCUUGGGCAUGCUGAUCUGGAGAAAAAGCUUCAACCAACAUGUGUCGCACAGCUUGUGGAACAUGAUUUUGUUCAAGUUUCUUGUGGAAGAAUGCUGACCGUUGCACUUACCAGGACAGGAAAGAUCUAUACAAUGGGAAGCUCAGUGCAUGGACAGUUGGGGAAUCCACAGGCCAAGAAUAAAUCAAUUGCAAUCGUUGAAGGAAAGCUUAAAGAGGAGUUUGUUAAGGAGAUAUCAUCCGGGACAUACCAUGUUGCCGCCUUGACAUCAGGUGGAAGUGUAUAUACAUGGGGGAAGGGGACAAAUGGACAAUUAGGAUUAGGCAAUGUAGAAGAUAGAAAUGUACCAACUUUGGUUGAGGCUUUGAGAGAUAGACAGGUUCAAAGUAUAGCUUGUGGAUCAAAUUUAACUGCUGCAAUCUGUUUGCACAAAUCUAUAUCUGUUAGUGAUCAAUCAGCUUGUAAAGGUUGUAGAAUGCCCUUUGGAUUUACAAGGAAGAAGCAUAACUGCUAUAAUUGUGGCCUUCUGUUCUGCCGAGUAUGUAGUAGCAAGAAGCUCAUCAAUGCAUCUUUGGCACCUAAUAAAAGCAAGCUUUGUAGAGUCUGUGAUUCAUGUUUUAACAGUUUGCAGAAUAUUACACAUCCAGGUGGAGGUUCCAGGAAGCUGUUGUCCCAACAGAAGGCCUUAUCUGACGAAAAAGAAGAAAGGGGUGGAGCAACCCCGCCUGGGCAUCGUCUACAGUUGAUGAGUCGGCCAUCUCUUGAAAGCCAACCUGGUGAAAGGAAGACCUCGAGAAACCAAGGGGAAAAGCAGCAGCAUUUAGAAACUGUCCCUUCUAUUUCAGCUGGAUUGCCACGAUGGGGACAAGUUUCAUGUCCUGCUAUAUUUGAAUCUUGCUACAGAAUGGAUUCUGUACAUCCCCUGGAACCAAUAUCUUCCAGUUCCAGUUCCUUGAAUUUGGAAGAAGAUAAACAUGAGUCAAACAAUAUUCUUGUUGAAGAAGUUGAGAGACUAAGAGCACAGGCGAAGGGCCUCGAAAUGCAAUGUCAAACUGGAAGCCAGAAGAUUCAAGAAUGUCAACAAACAAUAGAGAAAACUUGGUUACUGGCUAGGGAGGAAGCAGCUAAGUGUAAAGCAGCAAAUGGGAUAAUUAAAGCUUUGGUACUAAGGCUUCAUGCAAUGUCCGAUAAAGUCUCAGUUAGGAAAGGAGCAGAAGACGGAGGGGAUCCGUAUCAGCCUCAGACCAGACCUGACUACACAGAUACCCCUACUGUGUUUGCCUCAACUCAUUCACCUCUUCGAGUUAGAUUGCCAAAAGACUGCAACGUAGAAAGUUUAUCUAGCUCUCCUAUUGUGUUUUCCAAUUCGCUAAAGUCCUUGGAUGGGAGAGAGUUGUGCCAUGAAAACAGUAUGCUAGGGGAAGAUUUACAUGACUCGACAACAGAUCCUCGACGGAAGGGAACUAACGCGUCAAAGCUCGAAUGGGUAGAACAGUACGAACCUGGUGUAUACAUUACAUUUACAGUUUCGCCAGGCGGAGAAAAGGGUCUAAAGCGAGUCAGGUUCAGCCGUAAACGAUUUGCCGAGAAAGAAGCAGGGCGAUGGUGGGAGGAGAAUGAAGUUAUGGUAUACCAGCAUUAUGGCAUUGAAGGAUACAACAAAUCAAAUCAAAAUCAGGAAAAGAGCUGAUUUUUACUUGCUUUUUACAGUAGGUUGCUAUAUAUUGAUUCUCACACCAAAAAGGGCAGCGAUUGUAUAAUUUCUCUUAGGAUCCUUCUCUGUAAGCUCUGUACAGAUCCCGGAUUAGGUAUGUUGUCAAGUUAUUCAGUAAAUGACUCAUCUAAAUAUCUCAGCAACUUGAGGUGGAUGAUCCAAGUUCUGAAGAUGAAGUUUUUUGCACGAGAUGAGAAAAGUUUCAUGUAAUUAAAGCUUCAUGUAGUGUUUAAGUCUUUUGCCUA